GAGGAGAAGAAACUUGCAAUGGCAUCUCUUGAGUUUGAAGGAUAUGCUCUGAUUUGGUGGGAGCAACUUCUUCGUGAUCGUGAAGAAGAUGGAGAGGACCCUAUUAUUACUUGGCAAGAGAUGAAGCGAGAAAUGAGAAUUCGUUUUGUGCCGAAGCAUUAUCGGCGUGAUCUUUUUGAUAAAUUGCAGAAUUUGAGGCAAGGAAGUUUCUCUGUUGAGGAGUAUUAUAAGGAGAUGGAGAAGGCCAUGAUUAGAGCCAAUGUGUAUGAAGACGAAGAGCAAACCAUUGCACGUUUCAUGGCUGGGUUACACCGCAACAUUCAGCGUAUUGUUGAGUUUCAGCCGUACCAAAGUCUUAUUGAUUUGGUACAUCAAGCCACCAAAGCUGAACGACAGCUGCAACAAGAUGCUAAGAGCAGCAAGCCCUUGUCAUAUGGUGCACGAACCAUGACUGGAGGAAGCAAAUCGAUCUCAAGUUAUAAACCAGCAGCCUCCACUUCAACAUCAGUGGGUUCAACAGCCAAGAGUAGUGGUAUUCAGUGUUUCAAGUGUGGAGGUCGUGGUCAUGUCAUAAAGGAGUGUCCAAAUAAUCGUGUGAUCCUUGUGACUGAUGAUGGAGAAUAUACAUCAGCUAGUGAAGAGGAAGCUGAAGCAGGAAAUGAAGAUGACAUUGAUAAAUCUGAAGAACAAACGGGAUGUGAAUUUGAGCAUGGUACUACUCUUGUGGUUACACAAAUCUUGAGUGUUCAAAUGAAAGAAGCUAAAAUUGGACAGCGACAUAAUCUUUUUCAAACACGAGCAAAAGUGCAAGACAAAGUAGUAAAGGUGAUCAUUGAUGGAGGGAGCUGUCAUAAUCAUGCAAGUCGUGAGAUGGUUGAAAAGCUUGGUUUGAAGUUGCAGCGACACCCUCAUCCAUAUCAUGUCCAAUGGCUGAAUGAAUCGGGAGAUAUCAAGAUUGGUUAUAAAGUGAAAGUUUCGUUCAAGAUUGGAGAGUAUGUUGACAUAGUUGAGUGUGAUGUUGCACCCAUGUCUGUGUGUCACAUGCUGCUAGGAAGACCUUGGCAAUAUGACCGGCAGGACUAUGAAGACGUAUUUCUACAAGAAACACCGGCUGGACUACCUCCAAUUCGAGGGAUUGAGCAUCAAAUCGAUCUUACUCCAGGGGCUGCACUUCCUAACCGUCCACCAUAUCGAACCAAUCCCGAAGAAACUAAGGAAAUACAAAGGCAAGUACAAGAACUUCUUGAUAAAGGUUUUGUUCGUGAAAGCUUAAGCCCUUGUGCUGUUCCUGUGAUUUUAGUACCUAAGAAAGAUGGAUCUUGGAGGAUGUGUGUUGAUUCAAAAGGAAUAGAGGUGGAUGAAUCCAAGGUGAAAGCCAUCAAGGAUUGGCCAGCUCCAACGAAUGUAAGUCAAGUAAGAAGUUUUCAUGGUCUUGCUGGUUUUUAUAGAAGAUUUGUGCGAGAUUUCAGUACCAUCGCUUCUCCUUUAAAUGAAUUGACAAAGAAAGGUGUUGAAUUUAAAUGGGGAAACUCACAAGAAGAUGCUUUUCAAGAAUUGAAGAAACGUUUGACUGAAGCACCUGUACUUAUUCUUCCUGAUUUCACUAAAACUUUUGAAGUAGAAUGUGAUGCUAGUGGGAUUGGGAUAGGAGGAGUUUUAAUGCAACAAGGAAAACCUAUAGCAUAUUUUAGUGAAAAAUUGGGAGGUGCUCAAUUAAAUUAUUCUGUGUAUGACAAAGAAUUGUAUGCUUUGGUCCGAGCGCUUGAAACAUGGCAGCACUACUUAUGGCCAAAAGAGUUUGUUAUUCAUUCCGAUCAUGAAGCUUUGAAGUAUUUGAAAGGGCAAGCCAAACUGAACCGUCGCCAUGCCAAAUGGGUUGAGUUUAUCGAAACAUUUCCAUACAUUGUGAAAUAUAAGAAAGGUAAGGACAAUGUGGUCGCUGAUGCCUUGUCUCGAAGGAAUGAUGGAUUUUUGUUUAGAGCUAACAAACUUUGUGUACCAAAUUCUUCGGUUGGAUUGCUUUUAUUGCAGGAGUCACAUGGAGGCGGUCUAACAGGUCAUUUUGGACAAAGGAAGACUUAUGAAAUGCUCAGUGAUCAUUUCUAUUGGCCCAAGAUGAGGAGAGACGUCAUCAGAUUUGUGGAGCGUUGUGUCACCUGUCACAAAGCUAAGUCAAAAUUGAACCCUCAUGGUUUAUAUACUCCUUUACCUGCUCCUAAAAUUCCUUGGGAAGACAUAAGCAUGGAUUUUGUUUUAGGACUGUCGAUGACUCGAAAAAAGAGAGAUUCUAUUUUUGUUGUGGUUGAUAGAUUUUCAAAAAUGGCUCAUUUUAUUCCAUGCAACAAGAGCGACGAUGCUUCACAUGUUGCUAAUUUGUUUUUCAGAGAAAUCGUGAGACUACAUGGAGUGCCCAAGACCAUCGUAUCUGACCGUGAUGUGAAGUUUGUGAGCUAUUUUUGGAAGACAUUGUGGGCAAAGCUUGGGACUAAACUUUUGUUCUCCACCACAUGCCACCCCCAAACUGAUGGCCAAACUGAAGUGGUGAAUCGUACAUUGUCAAUGCUGCUGCGAACAAUGGUAAAGAAGAACUUGAAGGAUUGGGAGGAAUGUUUGCCACACGUGGAGUUUGCUUAUAACAGGACAGUACAUUCUACAACUAAUUUAUGCCCCUUUGAAAUUGUAUAUGGGUUCAAACCUAUUGCUCCCAUAGAUUUGUUGCCCCUUCCCUUGGUUUGGAUUCACUUGCGCAAGGAGCGUUUUCCUGAUCAGCGCAAAUCCAAAUUGAUGCCACGAGGGGAUGGUCCAUUUCGUGUUCUUGCCAAGAUCAAUGAUAAUGCAUACAAGAUAUCCGGGAAGACCAGGGACCACAUCGGGGCCUACUACUUCCAGACGAGGCCAGAUCCGGCUGUAGUCUACAUCCCCACCUUUGGUGGAGAGAGGUGGGAAAACUGGCGCAACGACUGGGUGAUUACCAGCACCGAGGCCAACGACCGCCUCGUCCUGCUGUCCAAUGGGCUAGCACUCGACCGCAAGCAAUGGAGGAGCAUGCCCUCCCUCUCGCCAGAGUUCCUGCCCAUAUUGGACAGGAUCAAGGUCUUGGCCACGUGCGGCCUGACAUCAAUGCACGUGAUCGGCGACCUCCUGAAGCGCCAAAUCAUGCCGCUACAGAGGAGGCCACGCCUAUGCUGCUGGUUCACCAGCCCGAACGACAUCGGCAGGAUCCAGCGCGGGCCGGGCACCGAUCUGUCCUGGGACGAGCUGGCAGUCCUAAUGGGAGGGAUUACUGGGAAAACUUUUGUCCCUGAGUCCCUGAUACUCCCCCAGAACAUCCCGGCGCUCUGCGACGACCCAGGCCCGAGGACGGCGAUCUUGGCCACGCUGCCGACCCUCGAUGACAGUGGUGUGGCAGUUCGCCAGACCUGCGGUCGGGACCCCCUCCGCGGGAUCCGGAUCUCUGAUGCACCAUCUGGAGGGCUUCUUCCUCCACCGCUCCCAAGGUCAUGCCUCCUCCACCAGAUACCAGGCCCACCGACAGGUCUGGCUCUCAGCAGUAGGAAUCUGCUGAGAGUGGUGCCGGCGGUCCGCCCCAGCUGCUGCCAAGACAGCACCAGCGGCUUCUCAUACCCUAGCCGGGGGUCCGACGGUAGCGGCGCCAGCGUCAGGCAGCGUCGCAGUGGCGGGUGA